AUGCUAACUGGAUUAAUGGACAAUCAUUGGAAGGCUUGCACUGAUUGGGUUAACCCUAAUGGAAAACCUAAUCUCCAAUUUUUCUCCACUCAUUUUGGUUCCUCCAAAGUUCAGGUUGAUAAAUUGUUACUUCUAAUUACACUCAAACUUUGUAAGAUUGAGAUUCCUUUAACUCGUUUGCACCAUAAUUGUGAAAUGGUUCUUUGCGAAGAUGGGACUGAAGCAUUAGUCGAAGUUUGUAUUGUAGAUCACAAUUUAGAGGUCAAAUUACACGAACUUGUUAAACCGGAGAAAGCAAUCAAAGAUUACAGAACAGAGAUUACUGGUGUCUCUUCUAAAGAUCUAGAGACCGUGACUCGCUCCUUAGCUGAUAUACAAAAAUUGAUGAAGAAGUGGUUAUCCAGUGGAGCCAUAUUAGUGGGACACAGUUUGUAUAAUGAUCUACGCGUGCUGAAGCUAUAUUAUGAUAGAGUGGUCGACACUGCAUACAUCUUCCAACCCAUGGAUGGAGCUACUCACAGGAGACCUUCUUUAAAUAGUUUGUGUCAGGCAAAGUGCAAAGAGGUGAAGAAAGAAUUUCAGUGGCUUUCUUUUUUGAUUGGCGAUUUUGACAAGCUUUUGGUUAAGGUAUCACCGUUCUGGUUAUGUUUGGCAUCAGUUUUGUUGAAGUUGCCGAUAUGGAAAGAAAUUAAGACUUGA